AUAGCAAAGUAAAAUGGUGUAUAAGUUGACGAGGCAGCUCAGCCCUGCUGGAUCCUCUUUGGUCCAUCUUUUCCAGCAUCCACCUCAUCCAAGUCCUUACCCCUGAAUCGCAACAAGCUCAGUCAAUAUUCACAGAGCAACAGAGAAACAAGACGACCAAACAAAAAUCCACAAAAUGUACACCCCCGUCAACCCCCUCGCCCACCUCUCCCCCCGCGACAGCCGCCCCAUGCCAGGCGACUCGGGCUUUCGAGACGACUACAACGAGACACGCAGCACCGUGCAGACCGGCGCCCGGGUCAUCGGCAUCGGCGCCAUCGUCGGCAUCGUGAUCGGCGCCCUGGUCCUGAUCGGCAGCCUCGUCGCCGUCUGCAUGCUCGUGCACCGCCGCAACAAGCGCCGCGCCGACAGUGCCGCCGCCACCAACAAGGGCGUGUUUGGCCCCGGCGGCAGGCACAGCGACGCCUCGUCGACCAUGCCGCCCGGUUAUGGCUGGGGAGCUGGCGUCGACGCCCCGCCGCCGGCUGCUGGGCACCAUGGUCAGCACGGCACGAGGAAGGAUUUCGCGCCGGGGCAUGCCGGUAUGGGUGGUACUGAUGUUGUUUGAGGCCGGCUCGAGCAGGUGAUGUUGGUGGGUUCUUUUUUCUUUUGUCUUGUUGUACUUUGGAUCGAGUUUUGUCUUUUUGGAUGGCGUCUGGUUGGGUGGUAUACAUCGAGCAUUAUGUAACAUACGGGUCUUUUGCGUGCACAUUUCUCAUUGGGUGAGCUCAUAUCCGAAGCUCAGAUCGAGUUUGCCGGGAAUAUUGCCAGCAUCUCAAAACCAAAACUAUUUUCC